UCUUGAAAUUUUAGUUGAAAAUGUCGGAAUGAUUCUAGGAGAUGGGAGUGGAGUAACCGUCAGGGAUAGGUAUAAAUUGGGUCGAGUCCCACCUUGGUCAUUUUAUUUCGACAUAACAAACCCGAAUCCCCUAUUUAUUGCCACACCACUCGAUCCCUCCUGCUAGAAUUUGCCAAAGAAAUGAGUCGUGUUCUACUCACCGGAGCUUCUGGCUUCAUUGCCUCCCAUGUCCUUGAGCUUCUCCUCCAACGCGGAUACUCUGUCCGCUUCACCGUUCGCAGUGAGGAAAAGGCGCAAAGGCUUCUUGAAGCACAUAAGCAGUACAAGGACAAACUCGAUUACGUUCUAGUCAAGGAUAUCGCCCAACCCGGAGCUUUCGACGAAGCAGUCAAGAGCGAUCCCCCGUUCACAGGGAUCCUGAACGUCGCCUCACCCUUCCACUUGAAUGUCACAGACCCAAAGACCGAAUUGAUUGAUCCAGCCGUGAAUGGUACUCUUGGUAUCCUCGGGGCUACAAAAGCUUUUGCAUCAACCGUUAGGAGAAUCGUCAUCACUUCAUCUUCCGCCGCGAUUGUGGAUCCCAAUAAACCUAACAACGGUGCCGGUUACACAUACACCGAGAAUGACUGGAACCCAAUCACUCUUGAAGAGGGUCUCCUGAACCCAAGCAACGGGUACCGUGCUUCCAAGAAGCUUGCCGAGAAGGCGGCAUGGGACUUUGUCGAACAGGAGAGACCCAAUUUCGAUAUUGCUACAAUCAAUCCCCCGCUUGUUUUAGGACCCGUCAAGCCAUAUGUCUCUUCGCUGAGCAGUCUCAACACAUCCAAUGAAAGAGUCCUCGAUUUCAUCCAAGGAAAAGCUAAGAACGGAGCUCCUCCUUCAGGAGUCUAUAUUUGGGUGGAUGUCAGGGAUCUUGCUCUAUCGCAUAUUCUUGCCCUGGAAAACUUAGAAGCCGGAGGAAAAAGAUUCUUCAUCACCGAGGGCUAUUUCUCAAACCAGAAAAUUAUUGAUGUUAUUCGCGAGAACUUCCCACAGUUUGUUGCCGGAUUGCCAGAAGAGGAUCAGCCUAAUGGCGGAUACCCACAGGGCCUGUACAAAGCAGAUAAUUCAAGGAGCAAACAGCUUCUAGGACUCACCUAUAGGGGUUUGGGGGUGUCGGUAACAGACUUGGUAAAGAGCUUGGUGGAGUUGGGGGCGGGUAGAUAA